AUGCUCACCACCGCCACCUCCGAUAUUGUUUCAAAUCCAAUCAUCAACGAAUCUGACAGCACCAUUGCCGAGUUGGAGAAGGCUCUCAUGGAUCUUGACAACAUGAUUACGCCUCUCCAAACCAAGACACAGAAGAAACUCAACAAGAUUGAGGAGGAGAUUACUAACUGCAACUUUUUGAUCGAUUCUGGAUUGGGAUCCAAGAAGGAUCAAGCAGAGCUCCGCAAGACCAAGAAGUCGCUUCGCAGUCGCCGUGUCAAGCUCUGGGAUGAAAUGAAGGCUCUUCCUGCAUUGGAGGAGGAACGCGAGGAUCUGGUCACCCAACUCAAGGAACUUCGCCGUCGCUACGGAAUCCUUGAUGAUGACAUCUGA